AUGAUUGAUACCCAACGCAUGAAAGAAAUUAAAGAAAAUCGUGAACGUUUAGUACCUAUAAUUAAGUCAAUAUUGUUCUUAGGACGUCAAAAUAUUGCACUUAGGGGCCACAGGGAUGAUGGCCAACUUUUAUCCAAAAAUAUAUCUUCAGAUUUUAGUUCAUACACAGAGUCAAUUACUAACCAAGGAAAUUUUAGGGAACUUCUCAAAUUCAGAAUAGAUGCUGGCGAUAAAAAUCUUGAACAUCAUCUUAUGUCUACUUCUAAAAAUACUACAUAUAUAAGUUAUACAAUACAAAACAACUUAAUUGAGUGCAUUGGAAAAGAAAUAACUACUUUCAUAACAAAUGAGAUUAAAGAAGCAAAAUAUUACAGCAUCAUUUUUGAUGAAACGACUGAUGUUUCAGUAAUUUCCCAAAUGAGUUUUAGUGUGCGGUACUUAAAAUCUGAAAAAGUUUUUGAACGUUUUAUUUCUUUUGUUAACUGUCAUAAAAAGAUAUAUGGUGAUGCACAUGAUGAUCAUGAUGAAGACCAGGACUUAGAAAAUAUAUCAAAAAUUGAACCUAAAUUGAGCGGAGAACUACUAGGAACAACAGUUAUCAAUAUUUUACAUGAUAGCUAG